GCGAAGUCGUCCCCGGUCAGACCGCAUACAAGAGAGUGAAACUGCUUUAUAAGGAGAUGAUUUCCCUAUGUCACUUCUUACCUUGUUCCGCAACCUCCAUCAUCUGCCGCGGCGAGCUCGCUCUCCACCAGGACCUUUAAGCGCCCUCAAGUUCUUUGCCACGAAGAUGUCCGUCCCUGCAACUAAACAGGCCAUCGCUUUCAAUCAGCCUGGCGAUUUCGAUGUACUGGAGGUUCGCCAGCUGGAGAUCACCCUUAUCUUGAAUCCCUGAUAACAAAACACGCAUGUGCUCAUCAGAAAUUGACUAUUCCGUUGAAA